CGACAGCUCUUCUAGGAAGCUUUGAGUCCGUCUCUAUCCGGCUUCGAAUUCCUCCAUCUACCCCAUACGCUUGUGAGCGCAUUUCCGACAGCACACGAUAUCCAAAAUGGCAGCUGCUGCACCCGCCGUCCCACGACGAAAGAUGAUCGGCCGCCGCCGCCGGGUCGAGGACGAAGGAGAGGAUGAGGGAGGCCAUGAACAGUUGGAACUUGACGAUGACUCGUUGACUGAUGGAUCGAUGGCUUCCGAGGACCCCGAUCCCGCAGAUGAUAGUGAUACCAGUAACGUCGAUGAGGCUUCGCCGACGACACCCGCUGCACCGAAAUUGUCCAACCAAACAGCCAAUGGUAAUGGAAGCGUGAAGAGGACACAUUCCAAGUCUUCCGGCAGCCCGCCUACUAAGGGUGCCAGAAAGGUCGCCCAAAAUGCCGUGUCCGACACCGAAUUUAUGCUGAAUAGCAUGAAUAUCUCGGAUGAAGCUGUCCCAGUACAAGCGAUGAACUUCGAGGAGACAUCCGAGCCCCAGUCCAAAUCCUCGGCUCCUAUAGUCGUUAGUUCAAACUCCGCUGCUACGAACGCGGACCAUUCAUACGAUCCCUCCACCGAUCGGCGACGUAGGGAGCACGAUGAAUACAGGCGCAAGCGAGACGAGGAUCCGUCUUUCGUCCCUAACCGAGGAGCCUUCUUCAUGCAUGACCACAGACAUGCCGGACCAUCUGCGAAUGGUUUCCGCCCAUUUGGAAGGGGCGGUCGAGGAAGAGGCCGUGGUGGUAUUGGUGGCCCCUACGCUCCUAUCAAUCAUCCUGUACAUAGUCCGGCCGAUCCUACGACCAACGGGCCUUGGGCCCACGAUAUGCACGAUGUGGUUGCGCAACCUGUACACUCUCAGCAACCAAGACCUUCGUUUACUGACGAUGGCCCACCAAAUGGCGAUGGCUUUAUUCCGACGUGUCCUCCCAGUGCUCAACCAAUUAAUAGGCAGAUGGCUACGGAGAAGUAUGUUGGUAAUGUACAGGUCAGGGUGUUCUUCCCGGGAAUUAAAGAGGCAAUUAUCUUUCCUGGCAUACAAGUACGACAGUACACGAAAUUGCCAGAUCAUCGGCCGCCGUUAAGACGUGACAAGCCAGUCCGAAUUUCUUUACCAGACAACCCUCCGCGGUAUAUCUUUCCGGCUACAGAUAGAUCUUUUAUCUUUAUCCCCCGAGCAAUGCGUCCGAACCAACGGUUACGAGGCAAGCCAAGAUCUGGACUUGGUUCUAUUGGCGGUUUCUCUAGGCGGACAAGCGUGUUUGGGGGAAGUGUGUAUGCAGGUAGCGCAUACACUCCUAGUGUUGCUCUGAGCCGACGAUCCUCUAUUGCCCCCGACUUGGGUAGGGAUUAUAUCGUCUCUCCAACCGGCUCUACCAUGUCACGUCCCCCGAUGCCAUACGACACAAGCCGCCCGAUUGUCAGACUACCUCCGCAAGCUCGGACCGAGCAGCAGCUUCCCGUCGUUGAUGGUGCGCCGGGAGAGGGACCACAUGGAAUUGGACAACCUAUUAUCAAUGACUUCCCAGCUCCGCAAUCACAGCCUCUAAUGCAGAAGCCGCAUUUCCAGGAGAAUCGAUCGGUUCCUAUUCCUAUGCAUCAGCCUCGGCCCCAGAAGACUGUCUCGGUGGCCGGCAUCGAGUCACCAGAGAUGCAGCAUAACUCGUCCCAACCAUAUCAACAGGCUUUCCAUCAACAGGUUCCGGUACAAGUGUCUACUAACCUGGGCCAAGAGUCUCAUACACGCCACCCCUCAUACCCUUCCCAACACUCGACAGGAACACCCCUCUCACAAAUUCCGGAGCGUGCCAUUCAUGCCGCUCCCUUCCAGCCAAAUCAAUUCGGCCAACAAAACUACUACCAACCCUACCCGAUAAUGCAACAACAGGGCUAUUACUACCCUCAGACGUCCUAUCCUAGCACGUUAGCCCCAUCCGCCACGGCGCCCGCUUUCGUCCCAGGAGGCCAACAAGCUCAGCCACAGGGCGAAACCCCCAGCAGCCAGCCAAAUGGACAGAAUACGCCGAGCUCUAAUUUGGUUGCUCAGGAGGUCAAUGGCAUGGUAUACUACUACGAUGCGUCUCAAUUGCCGCCUGUGUCCUCGUACCCAUCGUAUCCGACACCGCAAGGCUAUCCAAUGCCUGGUGGAGUGGUUGGCAUGAAUGGUAUGGUUCCUCCGAACCCGGAUGGCUAUUACUUUUCCCCUCCAGGUCCCGGUGUCGUCUAUUACCCACAGUGAGCUAUUUCAAUAUGGUGGCCUCAAACACAUUUGGCUUUAAUCAGCUGGUUAAAGCAGAGGACCACUUCGCUAUUUUACGUCUUUGCGAACGAAGCU